AUGUUCACCAUCACCCCUCCUACACCUUCACCAUCAGCUUCUCCCAAGGAUCCUCAGGGAUCUUGGGCGUCUGUGAAACCUGCUGGAGCUACUUCACCUAAUGAUCCGAUAAUCAAGCUUGAUCAAUUGAUCAAAUGUAUCAAUAAACUCAUUCGUGGAUAUUCCAAUUCACCUUGUUCAUCCACCAUCUAUUUAUCUUCUCUACAUUCAUUCCGCAAACGUACAGAAGAUCUCAGAAUACAUCUCAAUAGCAUCGAUAUAGAUGUAUCUCAAGAAAUCGUACAAGCCGAGAUUGACAAAUUGGAGAAUGAUUGGUGGUCAAGUGAAGUCGUUGCAGCAUGGUAUGGGCCCCGUCCACGGAGAUUAUCAUUAUCACCCAAUGACAGACCCAUCAAGCGAAUCCAGAGUGAGCUUUCCAUGACUCCAAACGAACGCAUCAUUCAAGCGAAACCACCUUCGUCGUCAUUAUCUCGGUCUCAACCUACCAAUCACGGUAGAUCCAGUCCUUCCCCAACAAAGGUUUUUCAAAGAAGAAAACGUAUUAUGGGCUCAACAGAUCUUUCUGCUUUGAUCGAAGAAAGAGGUUCAUUUUCUACUCUUGGAAAGGGCGAAGACCAUACUUUAGGACAAUGGAUAGAAAUGGAAGGAUGGCUGAGAAGGGAUUCAAGUUAUGUAGGUCUUAAUGAUGAAUAA